AUGUCUUCGAAGCGGCAAUUACCAAAUGUAGUUGAUACCACAUCGCAACGACCCACUGAAAAAGUUCGUCAUCCAAAUUCAACACUCAUUAAUACUGGAGGUAACCUUCGUUCUGGUCAACAAAAUUUUGAGUCAUUGAGGCCAACUCAAUCUCCCCGAUCAUUAUUGGAUACAUUUCGAAACAAUCAUGAUCCGAUUUCGACAACUGAUAGAAUCGACUCACAAAUUGAUGCAAAUGAUGAUCGACGAUAUCGAAAUUAUGAGAAUGAAACAAAUCAUAAUGAUGCAUCGCGUCGUACUCGUAAAGGUGUUCGUUUUAAUGAUGAUAUUGGUAAUUCAUUAAAUUUUCUAAACGAUGAUUUACAUGUACUCUCUACGGAACAUGGAAAAUUACGAAACGAGUUAAAAUCAAGAGAACACGAGCGAGAUGAUAGUGAUGCAUUAAAUGAUACACAAUCGGCAAGUUUUCGCCAAGAUAUGAUGGAUGAGGUUGUACAAUCUCGUCUGGAUCGACGUUUACUCGAAAUUCAAAAAGAUUUAAAACGUGAAAAAGAGCAACAUCGUGCUCAAACAACUGUUGACAUACAAACACUAGUUCAAGAAUUACAACGAAAACCAAAUCUAACAACAGCCUUUACUGCCACCUCAACGAAUGAAGAUGAUAAAAUAUUACAAGCAAGAUUACUAUUAGCCGAAUCGAACAAACAAAUGGUUCAAUCUCAACUUUUGAAUACCAAACGUCAACUCGAAGACGCUGAAAAUAAUAAAAGUGCCUUAUCCCACCAGGUAACUCUUCUAAAAGAUCAAUUAAUGCGGAGUGAAUAUGAACGCGAAGCAAUGAUCAAACAUAGACGAGAUGGCUAUGAUUCAGCGGAUGAUGGACCAUUUCAUCGACGAAGAGAGGGUAGUCGAGAUCGUUUAAAUCCUGAGCAUGAAUAUUUACACAUACAAAGUCAUUUGAUGAAAUCGAACACUCUAAAUGAAAUUGUAAAUUUCAAGAAAGAUUUGGAUAAAAGUGAAAGACAACGAGAUCAAUUAUCUGAUCAUUUAGAGGAAAAAUUAGCGGCAAAAGCCUAUAUAGAGCUGAAAGAAUUACGUGAAAAUUGUGAUACAUAUGAGAGACAAAAUAUAAAAUUACAACAAGAUCUAUCAAUGGCUCUAGAAAAAUUAGAAGAAAUAACACAAGAAGCAGAAAAAUAUGCACAAGAAUUACAAUUAAAUCAAAAACAUAUUGCAGAUUUAGAACAAAAGCGAGAAGAAUUUAAAAUACAAGCACAAGAAACGAUUAAACAAUGGAAAGCUCGAGUAAAAAAAUUAGAAAAAGAUGUUGAUCGUCAUAAAUUUGGUUCAACUCAGAUGCUGGAACGUAACGAACAAUUAGUAAAAGAUAUGGAAACGAUAAAAGCUCAAAAUUUAACAUUAAAAGGACAAAUAACAAAAAUAGAAGCAGAACUUAACGAUUCACAGAUGACAAGAAAUCGUUUAGAAGAACACUUUAAACGGAAUGAAAAUGAUCUUUUCCAAGUUCGAACAGUUCGUACAUCUCAAGAAACAGAAAUCUCUGCAUUGAAAGGAGCAAUUAAUGAACUUGAGAGUCAAUUAGCAAUAAAUCGUCAACAAAUUGAGCAUAUAGAACAAGAAAAACAUACGAUUCAACAAAUGUUACAAGAUGAAAUUCGACAAAAAAAACAAUUUGAGACAAAAUCAAAACAAAUUGAAAGUGAUAUUGAAACAAUAAAUGUUUCUCGUGGACAAUUACAAACUCAUAUUAUUGAAAUUGACAACGAACGAAUGGAAUUAAUUCAGAAAUUGAAAGAAACUGAAUUGGAACGCGAUUCCUAUUCCGUUCAAUUUCUCGCCACCAACAAAGCGUACAAUGAUGAGAAAAGCAAUUUACAAUCUAAAUUUGUGACAUUAGAAAGUGAUUAUGAAGAAAUGAGGCAUAAAUUGGAUUUGACUAAAACUGAAUAUACUCGUGGCAUGAAAACGUUACAAAUGGAUUAUGAAAAUAAAAUUGAAACACUUAAACUUCAAUUAAGCGAUGAGAAAGCUCGUAUUCAAAUAUUUCAACGUCAUGAAAAUGAGCACAAAAAAGAAAUUGAACAUUUACAAGAAAAAUCAUCACAUUUGGAAGAUGAUUUUAACAAAAUGAAAUAUAAAUAUGAAACAAUUACCAGAGAUUUUGCAGAAAAAAUGCGCAUAUUCGAAGAUAAUGAAUCAAGAUUGAAUAAACUCAAUGUUGAAUCAUCAAAUCAAAAAAAUCAAUUUUUGAAAAAAGAAAAGGAUUAUCAGAACGCUCUUCAUACGGUAUUUAAUGAUUUAACCUAUUGUACGGAAUCAUUGUCCAGCGAUUCUGAUGUACCAUUUAUUGUUUUUGAUACUUCACUUACGAAUGAUGUUGAUACGUGGUUAAGUAAAAUUAAAGGAAAAUUAGCGUGGUUAAAACAAGAACUUGAUGCAAGACGUCAACGAGAAUCAAAAUUACGACAAGAUUUAAAUAGUGCACUAUUAGAUAGUGAUACUGAUAGAAAAUAUUUCGCUACUGAAUUAGCCAAAAAAGAAGUUUUAUUAGACGAAAUGUCUAAAGAAAAAUUUACUGAUUUAUCUCAUGGUGUUGAAGGACAUUCUUUUAAAGAAAUUGAACGAGCUAGACAAUUACAAACCGUUGAAAUGCAAAUAGAAUAUGAAAAACGGCGAGCAUUAACCGAAGAUGAAAAGGAUCGUAUUAAUGAUCGUUAUCGACAGCAAUUACUAAAAUUUCAAACAAUGAUUGAUUCGAUUAAACGUGACUUCCAGACUGCUAAAACACAAUUAUUUACUAAAAAUCCAUAA